AUGGUACUCCCACCGGCUGCCGCCACUGGCCGGGCGGUUAGGACAAAACAGGAAGCAGAGAAGUCUAAUCCUUCGUCUGAGCUGCAGGAGGAACUUGGAGCGCUUACAGCCUGCGUCCUACACGGACAAGUGAGUAACCUCACCAGGACCAAGCCUACUGCUGAGUCGGUGCGCAAUCGCAUUACAGUGCCCUCUACCGCUAUGCACAAGGAUGAUGCUAUAGAGGAUUUGGGAUUUGUUCUUCCGAAACAAUACAUCCGUUUCAUGCAAAAUCGUCAUAGCCAAAUAGGGGUGAAAUUAUCCGAAACAGUUUCUGUGCACUACAGCUUGUACGAACAAGAUGUACAAUUCGUGGAGUCUUUUAACGUGCGUUGCCCGGACACCCCGCUCAGUUUGGUCGAGUUCUGCCUUUUGAUGGAUUACUUCGAGAAAGGAUCUGCUAAAUGCCCUCGUGAGAAAGCAUUCAGUUAUGAGAUUGCCUUAAUGGGAGCCCGUGAAAGCGGAAACGCGGCACCGGCUUUUGUUCUGCACGAGGUACACGCUUAUUGGUCCCGUCGCCGUGCGGACCACGCGUUGCCAUUAAUCCGUCAUCUCUGGCCAGUUACAUUGAUGUGGGAGUCGUCAGCAUUUCCAGUUUUUCGUCCUCGGACCAAGGACAAGAUGUUGUUGCGUCGCCCUCGACGCACAAAAGUCGAAAGCAUAUUGCGUCUAUUCCGCAUAAUUGACGGAUUUCGUAAAGUACUGAAGCUGUUAAACAAGAUGCGCCAACGUGAUGAGAAGAAGCUGAUGGUGGCGCAAUUGGAGGUGGUGCUUUUUGACCAGCGAUGUCGGGAACGAGAAGAUGAGAGCUACGUCUGCCCUUUUUGGCGAAGUAUUCUGGACAACAAGCGCUCCCGAGCACUGAAAAAGAUGCGUUUAGAGUCGCACAAGACGGACAACACGGCGGAUCCUUUGUCUUCCAGUGUUGGCCGAUUACAGUCAUUGCAAAUACCUAACCGUUAUUGGACAUCGUAUCAGUUGGAUGAAUGUACCCCAGACAACAAAAGCUAUCGUUAUUUGAGAGUAUCCCGCCGCAUCGGCCGCGGUGGUCGUGUAUGGAUAGAUCGCAGAUACUUACACGACCGGCCAUACGCAUAUGGACGUAAGCCUCAUCGCUUGUUCUCCUUUCUCUCUGAUGAGGAAAGCGGAGAAGAUAUCGAGAGCGAUUAUGUCAACGUACCUAAUCGGACAGGCAGCUUCAACGUGUAUACAAAUGAUCGACUUUUGGAGAGGCAUCCAGGAUUUGCCUGCACGCAUGAAGCUGUGCAUCCGUACAACACUGGAGGUUUGUUUUAG